CAGGCCAGGCAGGCGUUGUCGCUGUCGGGGCAGAAGCCGCUCGGGCAGCAGAUGGCGUUCGCGGAGCGGAUGGCGGAGCUGCACCCCGGCCUCGAGGCGCUGGCGUCCCUUGGCCUGGGCUGCGUGUGCAAGAAGGGGCUCAAGCCGGAGGGCGCGAACCAGGACGACUUCUGCCUCAUCCACGCGGACGGCGUCAGCAUCUUCGGCGUGUUCGACGGCCACGGGCCCCACGGCGGCGACGUCGCGUCCUGCGUGCGGGACUUCCUGCCGCGCCAACUGGUCAAGAAGCACGACCUGGAGGAC